UCCACAGAUGUACCUUGUGAUUUUUCCAGAAGGAACACGUUACAAUCCAGAGCUACCAAAAGUCAUUGCAGAUAGUCAGUCAUAUGCUGAUAAGGAAGGACUCUCAGUAUUAAAACACGUUCUUACUCCACGGGUGAAGGCCACUCAUGUUGCUGUUGAUUCCAUGAAGAGCUACAUAGAUGCAAUUUAUGAUGUUACAGUGGCAUAUGAAGGUACUGUGGACCAUAAAGGACAAAGGAAGGUAGCACCAUCCAUGACAGGUGAGUAGGUAUUACUUAAUUACUUUUACAAAA